UCCCAUUUGCAGUAUGAUAAUUUGCCACUUUCAUUUCAAUAUUGGAUGCUUUGUAUCAAUUAUCCUUCGUGCUCGAGUGGUUCUACAUUAAAAUCGAAAUAUUUAAAAUCAUGUAAAAGUCCUCCUCAUAUAUUCCUUUGGAAUGGAACAACAUGGAUGCAUAUUUAUCGAUGCAACCUGGAAAGACAUGCUCAAAGCAUUUUGGUACACAACUCAAAAAGGUGACCGUGAUAAGACCAAACAAGAACUUAAAGCUGUGCUGGGAGGAUUGGAGAAAUGUCUGCCAUGUUUUUCUGUGAGAUCUGCCUUAGAUCUCUUUCUAUCAGUCAUGCAGUUUCCAAAAGGAUCCGAGAUCCUUAUGAGUGCUAUUAAUAUUCCUGAUAUGGUUUAUAUAAUUGAACAUCAUGGGUUGACUGUAGUACCAGUAGAUAUUGAUGUUGGUACACUUUGUCCUCGAUAUGAGGACCUAAAAAGGCUCAUAACGCCUCGCACUGUCUCUAUACUCCCUGCUCACAUCUAUGGUCGAUGGACAAGUAUGGAUGGUAUAAUAAAAGUUGCCCAGGAGCAUAAUCUCUUGGUCCUUGAGGACUGUGCUGAAUCAUUUUCAGGGCUAUCAGACCUUGGUCAUCCUCAGAGUGAUCUUGUGUUUUUCAGUUUCGGUGCCAUAAAGUAUGCAACAGCAAUGGGUGGUGCCAUAGUUAAAGUUAGAAAUCCUGAAAUACUUGAAAAAAUGCGAGCAAAGUUACUGAGCUACCCUGUUUUUUCUGAAAGCGAUUAUGUUGAACGGUUAUUCCGAUAUUCUGUCGUCAUGUUCCUUGUCAAUAAUCCUUUGGUGACAAAACUUGGUGUGAAGUUUUUACACUAUUUCAGUAUCAAUUACAAGGAAAAAAUUGUCUCACUUCUACGAGGUUUUCCUGGAAACAUUAUCAAAAAGGUUCGUCAUCAGCCAUCAACCAGUAUGCUUUGCAUGAUGCUACACAAACUACAGGAGUUUGAUGGCCAAGAACAUACAAAAGCUAAGAUCAAUGGAGAUUUUGUCCUCAAUAGUUUGUGUGAAGACAUUCUGAUUCCUGGAUAUAAUGCAGAUAAGAUGAAUUAUUGGCUUUUUCCUAUACUUGUGGACAACCCAACCGAAUGGGUAAAAGAACUGGAGCAAGAACGAAUCGAGGCGUACAGUGGAGUCACCCAACUCGACCUGGUAAAACCCAAAUGUUACAAUCAAAAUCACCCACCUGACGUUGAACAUGAAGAAGCACAUUCAGAAUGCCCCCAUGAUGUCGAAACAAAACAUAAAAAGAACACAAAUCAAUCUUGCCCGCCGAUCAACAACACCAAUUUCUCAAGCUUCGGUUGCAUUAAUCACGACCAUGCAGAUCUCUAUCCACACAAAGCGAAAUUCCUUAUAGACCACGUUGUUUACUUGCCCGUUCACAAGCGAGUACCACUUAAAGAUUUAGAGUAUUUGUGUAAAUGUGUACUUAGAGUUGCCCAGCGCCGUCAAACGGGCGUUGCCUCUUCAAAGGACUUGCUACUAAACGAGUAUAAAAUGCUUUCAAAGUUAUGAACUAAUAUUCAAUUGAUAAUAACAAUUACGAUAAUACGCUAAUAGCUAUAGGUAUUUAAGCACGAAGAUUUAUUUAUUGUUGGAAUUUAUACAUAUUACAUAUAUU